CGAACAGAGGGUCCAAGAACAAAAUCAGGCAUUUGUAGCAAAGAACUCUGUAUUUACAUAAUACACUGUUCCUUUGACUAAAGAAAACAGAAAACCCACAGGCAUGAACUAAAUCAUGUUUACUUCCUUAUGUUUCUCAGAUUUUGCCUAGUUUUAAACAUGAAGAUAAUUUGGAGUGACUUCAUCCAAAGAAUAAUUUUCAUUUCACUUACUGGAUUUGGGGUUUUAGGAAACAUCAUCUUAUUUGUGAGACAUAUGUAUACUUUCAUCAUGGGUCUUGAGAACAAAAAUAUAGAUGUUAUUCUCAUCCACUUGGCUUUUGUAAACACAAUCAUCAUUUAUUGCAUAGGGGUCAGAAACAUAGCUACAAUUUUUUAUAUUAGAAACUUCCUAGGUGGUGUUGGUUGUAAAACUAUAGUUUAUCUAGAAAGGGUUGCCCGUGGCCUCUCUAUCUGCACCACCUGUUUCCUCAGUGUGGUCCAGACUGUCACCAUCACUCCCAGGACUAACUUUUGGAGAAAGCUCAAACCACAGGCAGCACGGCAAGUUCUUGCCUUUCUCCUCCUCUUUUGGAUCUUUAAUUCCCUGAUAAGCUCCAACUUGCUGCACUAUAUCACAGCAGGCAGUAGUGUCAACAGGUCUGUAGUUGGGAUGUUUACUGGGUAUUGCUAUAUGCUGCCAUCCAGGCACACAGUUAAGUGGCUGUUCCUCUCUCUCAUGGCUCUUCGUGAUGUCAUUUUCCAGGGUCUCAUGGGCUGUAGCAGUGGGUCCAUGGCUCUUCAUCUGUACAAACAUCAUGUCCGUGUCCUCUACCUUCACAGCUCCAGGUCUUCAAACAAUUCUAGGCCAGAAAUCCGAGCUACCCAGAGGGUUCUCACUCUCAUGUUCUGUUUCCUCAUCUUUUAUUUGGCAGAUUUUAUUUUCUCCAUAUAUAUAGGUUCCAUAGUGACAAAUGAUUUCACAAUACCAAAUAUGAAAGCACUGUUAGUUCUUAGCUAUGCUGGUCUCAGCCCCUUUGUCCUGAUUACCUGGGAUGUCCAUAUUGCUAAGACCCGUUUUGUCUCCUGAGAAAUAAUGUAUUUCUUUUUACAUCAGGUCUAUAUAAUCUAAUGCUAUAUAUACUGAAGUAGUUUCCCCUUGCUAUAG